AUGGAGUCGCCAAAUUUCCAGCCGACAUUAUUCGAGCGUAUAUUCUUCCGCAUCUUCUAUUUCAUCAACUUAUUCGUGCCAUGGGACAAACUUCCCGGCUUCCUCGGCGCUUUCAACCUGAACUCCAUGCGCACCGAGCUACGUGCCAACAAUCUCCAUGAUGGGUACGCAUCAUGCGCUGCGCAGGGCAACACGCUUAGCCACCCCUUGGAAGAUAGACGGUUCCUCACAGCACGCAACUCAGAUGGCAAGUUCAACUCCCUCGAACUGCCGCUCAUGGGCUGCUCAGGCAUGCGCUUCGGACGCAACUUUCCUAGGGAGUACACCCGGAAGCCGACGGAGAGAGAGCUUUGGACCCCGAACCCUAGACUGGUUAGCGAGCGCUUUAUGGCGAGGAAACCGGAAGGCUUUAUUCCUGCAACGAGUCUAAACUUGCUUGCUGCAGCAUGGAUUCAAUUCCAGGUCCACGAUUGGUUCCAACACGAAAUUAGCAACGAGGUCUACGAUAUUCCACUACUGUCAGAAGAUAAAUGGCCCCGUAGCUCUAUGACACUACCGCGCACUAAGCCAGACGAGGUGCUUGACCCAUCUGACAUCGAGUGCCCGGGAUACAAGAACAAAAACACAGCAUGGUGGGAUGGCUCGCAGAUUUACGGCUCUAGCGAAGCUGUCACACAGAGCCUACGAACGACAGAUCCCGACGGGAAGCUGAGUCUAUCAGAGGGAAGCAAACAGGUAUUCAUACCACGCGAUAGCUCCGGGAAUCCUAGGACUGGGUUUAGCGAUAACUGGUGGACGGGCAUCGAAAUGCUGCACACAUUGUUUGCAAUGGAGCACAAUGCUAUCUGUGAAACAGUUCGUGCCGCGCAUCCUGACUGGACUGGUGAUCAAAUCUUCGACAAGGCUCGCCUAGUCACCUCGGCCCUGAUGGCCAAGAUCCACACCCUCGAAUGGACCCCGGCCAUCUUGGCCCAUCCAGCUCUUCAGAUAGGCAUGAAUGUAAACUGGUGGGGCAUUGCUAGUGAGACUUUAACCAAGACACUCGGUCGAAUCUCGAAGACGAGUGAAACUAUCAGCGGCAUCCCUGGAUCUGGUGUCAACCACUUCGGUGUGCCGUAUUCUCUUACUGAAGAGUUUGUGUCUGUGUACCGGAUGCACCCCCUCAUUCCUGGUAAGCCUCUCACUUACGUCGUAGUACCCGAGUUUCAACAUUCCCGGGCCACACUUUGA